UUUUCCUCGUCCCUCUCCGUCGCUCUACUUCCCUCGGGGUAACGAUUAGGUGCAUACCGAAUAUCAUCGAUCCCGAUUUCUGGAACGGGGUCACCGCACAGGGGGUGACGCGGGGGCAACGAUCCAACAGCCAGCGUCCGCGCGAAGGAAAGAAAACAGAUUCGCUCGCGGACGCGACGUGGUCGCGAAACGAACGAGAGCGAGUGAGCGAAUACGUUUCGAUGGUUUCGAUUGUAUUGUACACCAUUGCGCGCACAUCGUCUCUGUCGAUCUGAAGUCCCGUGUUGUGUUUACGUGAGUCGUAAAGACAGCGUCAAAAGUUGAGGAAACAGAGAGAGAGAGAGAGAGAGAGAGAGAGAGAGAGAGAGAGAGAGAGAGAGGAAGAAAAAAGAGUGAUUUAAACGGAGAAAAGUGACGUUGCUCUAUACAGUGGAGCUUCCAUUCUACAUAUCGCCAUCGGGUAGAGUCUAUUCUUUCCCUCUUCUUCGCUCUUUGACGAGUCACAUCAUUUUGCGCGUGGACGCGUCCACGUUUACCUCGUCACUGUAGCCGUCCUCAUUUCACUCAAAGAGUUCUUUCCCCUCUUUGUACCUCGUCUCUUUUCUUUCUCUCCCCUUUUCUUUCUUUCUCUCUCGCUCGCGUGUGGUCGAAAAUGACGAGCCACGCCGAUUGUCUCAGCUCGUGGCAGUGCAUCGUUUUCGCGGACGUUCGUUGCGUCGAUGAGACAAAGUGAACUCGUCGUUAUCGUCGCGCGAAUUCGGCGCGUUCGCCGUGCGCGAACGGAUCCGUGGAGCGUCUUUCGUCGAUCCAGGAUUUAGGCCAGACGACGAAAAGAUGGAUGCGACGAUCGAGAGAGAAUGUAGCGCGUUGGGCGGUUUGUUCCAGCAGAUCGUCACUGACAUGAAGAAUGGAGCACCACUUUGGGAAGAUUUGAUUUCAAAAGCUACAAAGUUGCACACAUGUUUGAGAGCUGCUAUCUUGGCUAUCUCUGCAUAUCUUGAGGCCUUUCAGAAGAUAGCAGAUGCUGCAACAAAUGCUAGAGGUGCAACCAAGGAAAUUGGGACAGCAUUGACACGGAUAUGCCUGAGACAUAAAGCAGUAGAAACUCGUAUGAAGUCAUUCACUAGCGCUAUUAUGGACUGCCUGGUGUUACCUUUGCAAGAAAAAUUGGAAGAUUGGAAAAAGUCUUUGAUUAAUUUAGAUAAAGAACAUGCCAAAGAAUUCAAAAAGGCAAGGGCCGAAUUGAAGAAACGCUCUACCGAUACUUUGCGACUGCAAAAGAAGAAAGCACGAAAAGGUCAAGUUCAUUUACAUGUUCAGGGACAACCACAAGGCCACGGAACAUGUUCUGGCGAUGUAGAACUCAAUAGGAUGCUGGAAUCAUCAGCGGCAGUUGUUCAAGAGAAAAGACUGAGCUUAGAAGAAACAGAACGAAAAGCCGUCCGCGCGGCCCUUCUCGAGGAGAGAGGCAGAUUUUGUCUUCUUGCACGAUUCCUAAAACCAGUUCUUGACGAAGAGAUAGCGAUGCUAAUGGAAUUGACGCAUCUUCAAGAAGUCUCCGACCAGUUGCAACGACAUGCUGCAUCACCGCAUCACUUACCGCCUGCAUCCGAGCAGGUAAUAACGGACAUAAAAGGUUGCGACGUUACUCAAUGGUCGUUGGCUACGCCGCCGUCGAGUCCGUCGCUGUCUCUCGGAUCGAGGAAGAGUUCUAUGUGUUCGAUCAGUUCUCUAACUAGUAGCAGUAGUGGAUCAUGCAAAAGCCAUCCGAGCCCGUCCGGACAUCCGUGGCACCGAUCGCUCUCACAGCCGGUCGACGGUCGUGUCAGGCCUGCCAGUAUCAGCGGCAUCGUGACGCUGCGUCACUUGACCAGUGGCAGUUCCCGUGAUUCCGGCUUCACGUCUCAGGACACGCUGUACAAUCAGCCGAUCUCCGAACACCAGGUAUCGAAUGUGUCUUCUCUAAGUAAUCAAACUACUGGUUGCACUGUAACAAGACCUGUGUCGACUUCAACUUGGCCUGAUUUGCAGGAAACAUCCGUUCAAUACGACCGGCAAAAUCCGGGCGCGGUGAACGAACGGCCGCAUACUAUUUCUUCCGCGUACGAAAAAGGACAUCAGAGACCGGCGCUCAGCGUUUAUACAUUCCAAGCCCCAGAUCGUGACGGUAGCGGCUGUUGUCACAGUCAGCCAGCUUCUCCGGUCUCCUCUUCCUCGUCAUGUUCUUCCUCGAAUCAGCAGCUAUCUAGGGUACAAUUACGUAGGAAUAACGGCGGCACACGUCCGCCCAUACCGAGCCGAUGUUCUAGUCUGGAGCGACCGACGAUCCCGGUGAAGAGCGACGCACCUGGUAGCCCUCGCGGGAAACCCAAGUUACCUUUGCCGGCUCACUUGGCGAAAGAACUGGCAACUCAUCAGCUCCAGCAACCAAUGUACGUGAAUAUGCACGAAUUGGCGAACUUAGCAGCUAGUCGCGCUCAAGAAAUGCAGCUUCCUCUGCCGCCUCCUCCUGCAUCGUUAACGGCACCAGGAACUGAUAAAGCCGAAAAUCCAGAGAGAGAUGCCGGCAGUCAAACGUCCGAAUCUAGUUUGGAGUCCAGUAGCGGAUACGGCAGCCAAAAUACUCUGCCACAUUCUCAUUCGCUUCACAAUCAAAAUGAGAACACUUGGAAUGUACCUGGCGCCGCGGCCAUGCUGAUGGUACGUAGAGGGUCUAUGCAACAGGUGACUAGACCACCACCACCGACGAGACGCACAUCCACUGUCAUUACCGCGCCUCCGUCGUCUGUCAAUGAAGACCGUGGCGAGAACGUUUGCGACGAAGUGGAGAAUCUUCCUCCACCACCUGCGUUCCUUUUGGAAGGCUCCUCACCUACAGCCAGUCCUACUCCACAAAGAUCUAUCUCUGUUUCGGAGACGGUAAGGACUCUGACUGAACUCCGUCAUACCCCGGCUAGUCCGUCGCUCCUGCGGAAGGCUACCGGGCAACAGCAGGCGCACAACAAUCCGAUCCAACAUAAUACCAUGCUGCAAAUCACUCGGUCGUCAGUAGAACGCUCCUGCUCUACUGUUCGCUCGAUAUCGCAAGAACGUGGAGCGACCGGCGCGCAAGUGGUAGCUGCAGUCGGCGGUGCAGCCACGGUCAGUCAACAAGCAACCGGCGCUCAAAGUAGCCAAGGACCGGGCGGUGUCGGUCAAGGCUUCAUGGCAGUGCUGAAUGCUAAGCUCAUUGGUACCGCGGCGAGUAACAACGUUUCAGGUGGUGCGAACGCUAGUGGCAGCCCGAAGUCGUUGAGGAAGCAGUCGUUGGUUGAGACACAGCAACAAGCCAACCAGAAGAACACCAAGACCGCAGCGUCCGGCUUCCUCGAGACGCUGAAUGCCAAAUUGGCACAGCAGCAACAGGCGCUCCAAGGAGGCAACGGCGGCGCGAGCAGAUCCGCUAGCGUCAGACGCAUCAUGGGCAAUCGCGUGCCCAUCAUGGAUCCAUUGCAGGUCCGCGACUCCCUCAUGGAUCAAAUCAGACGAGGCACCUCAUUGCGAAAAACCAGCGGUCCGAUCAACGAUCGUUCUGCGCCCAAGAUCUACUGAGAGCUCCACCAAGCUCUGAUUUCUGCGGUACGUGUUCGCGGCGACAAGCGGCGCGUCGUCAUCGCUUGUUAUACGCGAAUAUCACGACAAUGUCAUCGUCGAUUUUCCUGGCAUUUGUAAGAAAGCAUGUAAACACGAUCGCCCGUUCGUGCGGUAAUUUCCGAUUCUCUGCCUCGAUAUAUCAUCUGCGAAACUGCUCUGUGUAUCCUGCGCUGUAUGAGUUUCAAAUUACGCCGAGAAGCGAGAACGCGUAUCGUGAGAGGCCGCUGUUGCAUUUUUCAUUGCCGCGCCGUCGUUGCUAUUACUGCUGUUAAAGUCCGAGUGAUAUUCCGAUGAUAACACACAGGCUCCAUAUUAAAUCAAUAUAUGAUUUAUCGUACGAUAAUAACGCGCGUACACAUGAGUAAGCCGAAACAUCGCGUACGAACAUGCGAUCGGGACUGAAAAUCAAUUAAGAGAGUAACUUUGUGUAGAUUAAAAUGGCGUUAUAUAUGUACGAUUUACGAUGUAGCAUAAUGUAUUCAGGCAGCAUAGGAAGAUUUUUAUAAUGUAUUAAUAUUUAUAAAGGAAACUGAUUUUUUUAUUAGGAAAUUGUCAAGUAAGAUCCGCAUAUCGAUACAACGACAAUACUUCAGUACAACUUGCGUCUAUAGUUCUCUAUUUUUUUUUU